UCCCGCCCCGACCGCCGCGUUCCCGGGGCCGCGUCCCUCCCUGGGCGGAAGGCGGGAAGCGGCUCCAGCCAUGGGUGACAUCCACGAGGUGCCGCGGCCGCGCAUCGCCACGGGGCAGCUGGCGCAGCACAUCGGGCAGCCCGUCUGCUUCGUGGGGCGCGUCGAGAAGAUUCAUCCUAGCGGGAAGCUUGUCGUGCUUACGGAUGGGCUCGGAAAGCAUACGACUGUGGAGCUGAGCGAGCCUCUGGAUGAGGAGAUUUCAGGAGUUAUUGAAGUGGUGGGAAGAGUAACAAAUCAGGCAACCAUCAUGUGUGCAUCAUAUGUCCAGUUCAGAGAAGAUAAAAGUUCAUUUGAUCUGGAACUCUACAAUGAAGCACUAAAAAUUAUUCAUGAAUUCCCUGAAUACUUCCCAUUUGGUACUGGGAGGAACACUUGAUUUUUAUUAGCAUAUGUUUAGAGCUUCAGAGGAGACAACAGUAGUGUGAUUUCUUGCCUGACAGCAUGGUAACAGUUGCAUUUAUUUUCAACAGAUGUACUGAAAAGACACUGUUACAUGUGCAAAGUGUUGCCCAUGAAGAGUAUUUUCUUUGAAAAUGUAUUUAUUCGGCAAGGAGAACAAAUGAAUGUCUCACUCACUGUAUAUAUUUAACCCUUUUGCAUCUAUGAGGAGUGUUCUCCUGCAAGAAACUGAAAUUUUCUAAGCAUCCUUUUCUAGUUGGUAGAGGUUCUAGGAUACGUUACAGGAAAUUUGUAUGGAAAAAAUGUGGUGGAUUUCAAUAUAAAGAUUUUUGACUUAAUUUGCUUUGAUAUAAAUUUAUUGUAUUGAAGGGGUAUUUUGCAUCUUGAAAAUGGUAUCUUCACCAAUAAAGAAGAUUCACUGCAUUUAA